UGAGAACCUUUUUCCCAAACCCUUCAUCGUCAAAAAGAAUCGUGUCGUCUUGGUCGUUUGUAAAGGUAAAAAACCACCAAGACCAUCCUCGUUCACCAUAUCACUUUGCUAGUAGUAUAUCACCACCAUCGGGACGAGUUCAACAGGCUCGAUAUACCAAAACAUAUCAUACCACCACUACUCCCCAAAGGAAAACAAAAAUGCCACCACCAAAUACAUUCACCUCUGAUACCUUUGGUGCACGUCAACCAUUCACAUCGGAUGCCUUUGGUUUCAACGACGGUCGCGAAGUGGGUCUGAGAGAUUACAUCUUCUCCCGACCCGACGUCGAAACCAAACUCCGCAACGACCCUCAAGCCGUCAUAGACGCCAUCAGCGAACACAACGCCAAAAAGGGCAUGAUCACUCUAGGCCGGGCCAAGAUCGACAAGUGCAACGACCUGUUGUCGAAACUCGACCCUCCACCGAAGACGUUGGUCGAAUUGGGCUGUUACGUCGGCAUGUCCGCGAUAGGAUGGGGAGACUCGUUGAAAAAGUUGAACGAGUCCACCUCGGAGACUUGCAAGGUCUUCACCACCGAACUCGACGAGACCAUUGCGUCGGUCGCGAGAGACCUCAUCGCCCUCGCCGGCCUCGACGACGUCGUCACCGUCCUCGACGGACCGGCGGCGGAGACCAUUCGCAAAAUCAAAACCGAGGGACAAAUCGACACCGUGGACGUCAUGUUCUUUGAUCAUUGGUGAGUCACUUGGACGCUGUCCUGACCUCACCGUACCUCACCAAAAGACCCAUCGUCAUCAUUCCAACUUUUUAACCUCUCCUUUUGCGUAAUUUGCAGGCAAGAAGCAUACCUACCGGACCUCAAAGAGUGCGAAAACUUGAGAGUUCUCCGUAAAGGAACUCUGAUCCUGGCUGACAACACUGACGUCCCUGGUACCCCCGAUUUCAAUCAAUACCUCGAAGAUUCGAACAAGUAUCACGUCGAGAGAUACGAGACGGAGGCAAAAAUGGCUAAAAUCGUAUUGGCCGCCACAGUCAUCGAAGUGCCUUGAGGGGCUCGGGGAGGAAAAAGGAACUCUGGUUGGGUUCGAAUCGUUGUAGUGGUUCAGCUCAGCUAGUCAGUCAAGUUCGAUACGGCAAACGAUUGUGCUGAAAUCUGGAAAAGGUGUGGUGGGUAGUAUGGCCUCAUAUUCUGAUACCAUCAAUUCAUUGCUCAAGAAAGGCGACGCUAUUCAGCAACUUCAACGUAGUAAAUCAUCCUUCA